AUGUUCUCCCGCAUCGCCGUCGUUGUUGCCAUCGCCGCCACCGUCAUGGCCCGCCCGCAGAUCGCUGGCCCCGUCAGCUCCUGCAACACGGGUGACCUCCAGUGCUGUAACCAGGUCCAGUCGUCCAAGACUGUCGACUUCCAGAAGGUUGCCGGCUCGUCCAUCGAGUCGCUCUUCCCCGACUUCGAGGCGAACACCAACACCCCCGUCGGCCUCACGUGCUCGCCGAUCAUCCAGGACCUCUCUGGUGGCGCGCAGUGCAACCAGCAGUCUGUGUGCUGCAACGGCGGCCACUUCUCCGGCCUGUUCUCGCUCAACUGCAUUCCGUUCAACGGAGGCAGCCAGAGCACCGGUAUCUUCUAA